UUCCAAACAUGGGUCGUUCGAGAUCACGAAGUCGUUCGCCCAAAAAGCACAAAAGCAAGCACCGCAAGCGAAGCAAAUCUCGUUCGUCCUCCCAUCAUCACCGCAGCAGUUACGAUAAAUACAGAGAACGCGGUUCGAAGUCCAGGAAACGAUCGGUAUCCGAAUCGUCCGACAGUAGCAGCGAUGUGUCGAACAGUGGUUCCCGACAUCACCACAAAAAGAACUCCCGCACCCGAAAGCUGACGGAGGUGGAGAGAUUGGCCGAGAUGGAACGCCAAAGGAGACAGAAGGAAGCGGAGCAAAAGAUGAUCGAAGAAGAGGCAGCAAAGCGGAUCGAGCUGCUGGUGAAAAAACGCGUCGAAGAGGAGCUGGAAAAGCGAAAGGACGAAAUCGAAAUGGAGGUGCAGCGGCGAGUCGAAGCCGCUAAGAAACAGAUGGAGCAAGAAAUGAUGCUCGAGCUGGAAAAGCGAAGGGAGCAGGCACGGGAAGAGGAGCGGCGUCGGGAGGAGGAAGAGCUUAAAAAGCGCCAGGAGCUUGAGAAUAUUCUCGCUGAAAAUAAUCGCAAAAUUGAGGAGGCGCAGCGAAAGCUGGCCGAAGAUCGACUGGCGAUUAUCGAAGAGCAAAGAAAGAUGGACGAAGAGCGUCAAAAAAUGCGCAAAGAGCAAGAAAAACGCAUAAAAGAAGAACAAAAGAUGAUCCUGGGCAAAAACAAUUCACGACCGAAACUGUCGUUCUCGUUAAAGCCGGGUGUAUCGUGAAUCAGUGGAUGAUUGGUCGAUCGCGAUUGUGUGCACGAGAGUAUUCCAUUUUAUGUCUCAUAUCUUUCGUGGGUUGAUAGGACAUCUCCACUCCAUUAUCCAAUCCUUUCCUAUUUCCUUACUUUUUUGACCCAUAAAACCGUACAUGUCAUCCACCGUAAGCUGUAGGAAAUUUCAAUAGGGAACGUAGUGGAAAGGAAAAGCUACAGGAGCAUCGAACACCCGGUUUAGUAGUGGAAACUACUAUUUUUCACUGAAGGGAAGCAUCAUCUGGGGGCUCCUCAGAUGAGAGUAGUAUUUGCUCUUUGGUCCACGUGGGACAUUCGGGCGAAAACUUAUGUAAGCUUUCGGCAUGCAUGGAAGCUCAAGUCCCCGAUUGUAAUGUGCUGCGGUAGGUGAAAUCGGUCGUGUUCUGUCCUUAUUUCACUACGCCCAAGGUUGCACGGGUGGGUGGUGGUGCAAGUGGACUGAAGGGACAGAAAAAAUGUUAUACAAUCGCGUAUCGCGAUGUCUGUUUUCUUCCACGUGUUGAUCGAUCAUUUUUUAUCGAUCACGCGGAAAAGAUCCAAUUGGUCAGUUUGUUGUAUCCAUCCGCCUGGCGCGCCCUCUCUUCGAUGGUGAUAUCAGCGUACAUACCGACAUAGCCAUGCUAUUUUAACCAGCUUUAAAGUUAAGGGCAAGUUUUUUUUUCUCUUUUCAUUUUUUUAUGAUUGCUGCCAUCUUCCGCUUCGACCUAGGGCAAAGGGGCGAAACACAUCCAUUUCUAACACCUUAGGAUGUGAUUCCAUUUGCCUGAUUUUAGUUCUUUUCCUUUUGCGUUCAAUAGUUUAAUAUUUAGACAAGCAUUAAAAUAAGGGUUUCAUCAGCAAUAAUUUGUCAUCGUUGUACAGUCCUGUAUCUCUUAAGUAUAGCUUAAGAACCCGUUUCGUGCUUAGAUUGCAUGUACACAACUGCAGCAAACAUCGAGGUGCAAAGGCGAUCGUUUUGUUGGCCCUGUCCAAAUACUUUUUGUAGCAAUUCGCUUAGUUUUGCACACGGCAAUAAUGCGCAGUAAGCAAGUGACUGGAAAUCUAGCAUAUAACGAUGGUAUCAUGAAUCGUGAAAUAAAUUUCGGAGAAAGU